AUUUCGGGUAGGCAGUAUCAAACUUGUACACUUUCAUUUGCCUGCAACUUCCUCUCUCUCUCUCUCUCCCCUCCCCCCACCCAAUUCCCGCCCUACCUCUAUAUAUCUCUCUCCUUAAUAUCUCACCGCUUUCUCAAUAUUCCUCAAUUAUUAUCUCUCUUUCUUUUAUCAAUUCUGAUUUCUUGAUCUUUAUCAAUGGCGGAAGAAUCCAAAACCACCAUGGAAUCUGUUAGGUCUUGGGUUGUUCAACACAAGCUUCGUACCGUCGGGUGUUUAUGGUUGAGUGGAAUUACAGGAUCUAUCGCGUACAAUUGGUCUCGCCCUCAAAUGAAAACCAGUGUUAGGAUCAUCCACGCUAGGUUGCACGCUCAGGCCUUUACAUUGGCUGCCUUAGCUGGAGCUGCAGUAGUUGAAUAUUAUGACCAUAAAAGCUCACAAGAUAAGGAAGCUCAGUAUGGGAAUCUUGUUCCUUUAGAUAAUUCACACAAGAAUUAAGUGGAUUUUAUCUUAUGUGACCUUCAAACAGAUCAAAAAUUUUCUAAGAAUUGUACAUAUGGGGUGCUGAUUUCUCCCUUUGUGUACUUGUAGGAUGUUUUUGUUGUUAUUUUCUUUCUUCUCCCAAGCUAUACUUUUACAGAGUAUAUACAAUUCUGGAAUUUGGUAACCAAGCUCUGUAACAUACAAUUGAUAAUGAAAAUAAUCCAAUUUUGGUGAAAGUUGAA